UAAUCCCUGCACAUCUAAAGAGAUCACAUCAAUAAAAAAAACAAAAAAGGACCCUUGAAGUGUAAUUCCUGACUUCACCUGAUUUAAAACGACAUCACUGAGAUAUCACCAUGACAGCAGAAUAUAAAGACACAGAAUACAAUUAUGGCAAUUACAGUGAUUUUGAUUAUGGAGACUAUCCACCAGCCAACUCCACUGUACAGGAAUUCAGCAAAGUGUUUCUUGCCACUCUUUACAGUUUGGUUUUCAUCCUGGGAUUCAUAGGUAAUGGACUAGUGGUGUGUGUCCUGGUGAAGCAAUGCAACCAGAGCAACCUGACAGACAUCUGCCUCUUCAACCUGGCUCUCUCUGACCUCCUCUUCGUCUUCACGCUGCCUUUCUACUCUCACUAUGCCAGGGUCGGCCAGUGGACUUUUGGAGACUUCAUGUGCCGUUUGAUCUCCGGUUCUCACCACAUUGGCUUCUUCAGCAGCAUCUUCUUAAUGGUUGUCAUGACGCUGGACCGCUACAUGAUCAUCGUGCACGCUCACAGGGUUGCACGUUAUCGCACAAAGAGGGCAGCCAUCAUUCUGACCGUGCUCGUUUGGAUGCUGAGCUUGUUUGUCUCUCUGCCAGAUUUUAUCUUCAUAAAGGCAAUAGGACAGGAAUCCCAAGGAGUGGAGUGUUACUAUCCCGAGGAGAGCAAAGUCUGGGAGCAUUACAACCUGUUCACCACAAAUGUGCUGGGUCUCGUGAUUCCCUUGCUGGUGAUGGUAGGUUGCUACUCCAGGAUCAUCCCCACGCUGGUGAGCAUGAGGACCGCAAAGAAGUACCGCAUCGUCAAGCUGAUCAUCUGUAUAGUUGUUGCAUUUUUCUUACUCUGGGCCCCAUAUAACAUUUCCCUUUUCCUAAAGUUCCUCCUGGAAAAAGAAAUAAUCCUCAAUGAUAAAGUUUUGGACGAAAAUAUAAGGCUGUCAAUAACAGUGACUGAAGCCUUUGCUUACACUCAUUGCUGUCUGAAUCCCAUCAUAUAUGCUUUUGUGGGAGAGAAGUUUAUGAGACGAGCCUUGCAGCUGCUGACAAAGUUGAUGCCGCAGAGAUCUGACAGACAGCUCAUUCAGUAGGUUGCUACUCCAGGAUCAUCCCCAGGCUGGUAAACAUGAGAAUCGCGAAGAAGCAUCGUAUCGUCAAGCUGAUCAUCUGUAUAGUGGUUGUAUUUUUCUUGCUCUGGGCUCCAUAUAGCAUUUCCCUUUUCCUGGAGUUCCUUCAAGACAGAGAAAUAAUCCUCAGUGAUGAAACCUGGUACAAAAAUGUAAAGCUGUCAAUAACAGUGACCGAGGGCUUAGCUUCCACUCACUGCUGCCUGAAUCCCAUAAUAGACGCUUUUGUGGGAGAGAAGUUUAUGAGAUGAGCCUUGCAGCUGCUGAAAUAAGUUGAUACCUGGUUACAGGACCUCAUUCAGGAGAAUCACAGUUAUGUCCAGGGAAUCUGAAGUCACCUCCACCUUAAAAUGAUAGAAGGUGGAGAGCAGUUG